AGACAGCCAGACACUGGAGAGUCUGACUGGGGCUUUGCAAUACUCAUGCAUAUUAUGAAGAGCGGGAAAGGGGUGGAGGAUUUUUAACUAAGGCCAACUCAUUUCCAGCCUGGUUUUAAUUUGCCAGGUGUUCUUUGGUUUGAGGCUUCUGGCAUAGAAAGGCUUAUCAGAAGACCAGAUCCAAUCUGCCCCUGUACUGAGAAAAUAUCGGGUAUAAUAUAGCAUGGAUUUACGGUCUUUUUGCCUUGAUGUGGAGCUGGAGUGGGAAUGCUUAUUCCCAGUGCAUCGGGAAUGGAAGAUUUUACUCCAUGGAAUCUUGAUAUGAAGUGGACUCUUUGGAACCUAGUCUUACCCUUGGGACACUCUGGUGUGGGGCCUCUGUGCUGGCUGUUGGGACUGUCAUUUACAUUGCGCUAUGGGUCACCAAACUGUGUCACUCCCUAUCCAACAGACGGAGGUCAUCAAAGUUGUAUUAGGAUCCCAGUUUCCAUUCUCCUCUGGGCUUGGUGUUGAGAAACCACGAGUGUAAACCUGGCAACCCUGCAGGCAGCACAGACGUAACCAAUCCUGUCAAGCCUGUCCUGAUUUGACAGGCGCAAUCACUCCGGAGAGGGGAUAGGGGAAUGCCACUGGUCACCGCGACAACCCGGUUCCAUUGUCACUUUUUACUCCAUUACCCCACGGUGAUGUCAAAAAGGACGUGCAUUGUUCUGUGGUUUAGAACUUUCCGUAUCACUUCGCGCGCUCCUCCGUGAUGCAAGAGGGUGAACACCGGCUGUCAGUGGUACAGCUCGUCUUUUAGGAAAGUCCAGACGUAGGCUACACCAUACAUUUUGGUUUGAGUCUGUGAGCAAACAAGCGCGGGACCCUGUCUGCCCCACUGUCCAGCGACAUAAUGAGCUGGAGCUUCCUCACGCGGCUGCUGGAGGAGAUCCACAACCACUCCACCUUCGUGGGGAAGCUGUGGCUCACCGUGCUGGUUGUGUUCCGCAUCGUCCUCACCGCCGUGGGGGGAGAGUCCAUCUACUACGACGAGCAGAGCAAGUUUGUCUGCAACUCGGGCCAGCCGGGCUGUGAGAACGUCUGCUAUGACGCCUUCGCGCCGCUCUCGCACGUCCGCUUCUGGGUGUUCCAGAUCAUCCUGGUGGCCAUGCCGUCCCUGAUGUACAUGGGCUACGCCGUCAACAAGAUCGCCCGGCUGGAGGAGGCCAAGGGCGGGGUGAGCGCCGCGACGGGGGGCGCGGGUGGAGGCGGCUACACCCACCGGAGGCCCCGGAAGAUCUGCUUCGGGGCUCGGCAGCACCGGGGCAUAGAGGAGGACCAGGAUCAGGACCAGGAGGAUGACCCCAUGAUCUACGAGGUGCCGGAGCCGGAGCCCCCUCGGCGGGUCGACCCGCUGGCCCCGAGGCCCAAGCCCAAGGUCCGCCACGACGGGCGCCGGCGCAUCCAGAAAGACGGACUGAUGCGCAUCUACGUGCUGCAGCUGGUGACGCGCACCGCCCUGGAAGCGGGCUUCCUGGCGGGCCAGUACCUGCUGUAUGGCUUCCGGGUCAUACCCGUGUUCGUGUGCUCCUUCGACCCCUGCCCCCACAGUGUGGACUGCUAUGUGUCGCGGCCCACCGAGAAGACCAUCUUCCUGCGCAUCAUGUACGGUGUCACCAUGCUCUGCCUCGCCCUCAACGUGUGGGAGAUGCUCCACCUGGGCGUUGGGACCAUAUGCGACAUCCUGCGGCGCCGCCGGUGCCCGCCCCCGGAGGAUGAGUACCAGUUGGGUCUGCUGGGCCCCAGUGUUGGGGUGGGCGGCUCCGCGGGGGUGCCGGGGCCCGAGCCGGGCGCGGGCGGAGGGGUGGUGGGGGACGGAGGCGCCGAGUACGUGGGGUACCCGUUCUCGUGGAACGCUCCGUCGGCGCCGCCGGGCUACAAUAUCGCGGUGAAGCCGGAGCAGAUCCCCUACACGGACCUCAGCAACACCAAGAUCGCCUGCAAGCAGAACCGGGCCAACAUUGCCCAGGAGGAGCAGCAGCAGUUCGGGAGCAACGAGGACAAUUUCCCCACAGGGGGGGAGGCCCGCGUGGCCCUCAACAAGGACAUGAUCCAGCAGGCCCACGAGCAGCUGGAGGCGGCCAUCCAGGCCUACAGCCAGCAGCACAAGGCUGGGGAGCCGCUGGAGGACGAGCGUGACGACAAGCCCCGGAGCAACAUCGUCCAGGCCCAGCCUCAGCCUCCGCCCGGCAGGGAGCGCAAACACCGCUUCAAGCACGCCAAGGGGGGCAGCAGUGGGGGGGGCACCGGCAGCAGCAGCAACAACAGCAGCAAGUCAGGGGAGGGCAAACCCUCUGUGUGGAUCUGACCCUGACACACACACAGUCCAGCCUUGGUCCAAGGUGUAGAGUAUGGGUUUGUCCUCUGUGAAAUGGAAUGUCAUGAUGUCUUCCAGGGGAUAUCCAACACCAUUUUGUGCCUUACAUAAUCCCACGAGUUGGAGGAGAGUUGCCGGGGAUUAGUUGCCACGGCACCUUAGUAAGCAGCCAGUGGCCGGAGCUCCUGUAAAUGUGUAUAUAUUUGGUUAUUUAAAAAUGUUUUUUUUAGAAAAGCGUUUAGAUGUUUGAAUCUGGACAUCUUCAAAACGUGACGAGAGAGAGGAAAAGGAAUGCCGGGCUUGCAGUGAGGACAACUGGCCACUUUCUGAACUUUUUGUUUUGAGCUUUCUGGCACCGAGAGCUGCUGUGACAUCGUACAGAAUGAAAGUCCAGACUUCAUUAACACUAUAGUAACCAUCCCUCUAGAAAAUCACCCAGAGACCAUCCUCUGCUCCUUACAAGCCAUGACCUGUCCCUCUCCAUCUUCAGAGGACGCGGCAUUCUGAGACGUGGCAACAGUUGUUUGACCUGUCAGGAUAUUUUUCUUGUUUGUUUUUAUCUCUUGAAGCGCUUUGGGAUUCUAUGAGGGGCGCUAUAAGAGUUCAAUAGAUUACUGUUGUUAUUAGUGUGGGUAUUAGCGUGGGCAGGUGAGGAGAGUUGUUAUUAGUGUGGGUAUUAGCGUGGGCAGGUGAGGAGAGUUGUUAUUAGUGUGGGUAUUAGCGUGGGCAGGUGAGGAGAGUUGUUAUUAGUGUGGGUAUUAGCGUGGGCAGGUGAGGAGAGUUGUUAUUAGUGUGGGUAUUAGCGUGGGCAGGUGAGGAGAGUUGUUAUUAGUGUGGGUAUUAGCGUGGGCAGGUGAGGAGAGUUGUUAUUAGUGUGGGUAUUAGCGUGGGCAGGUGAGGAGAGUUGUUAUUAGUGUGGGUAUUAGCGUGGGCAGGUGAGGAGAGUUGUUAUUAGUGUGGGUAUUAGCGUGGGCAGGUGAGGAGAGUUGUUAUUAGUGUGGGUAUUAGCGUGGGCAGGUGAGGAGAGUUGUUAUUAGUGUGGGUAUUAGCGUGGGCAGGUGAGGAGAGUUGUUAUUAGUGUGGGUAUUAGCGUGGGCAGGUGAGGAGAGUUGUUAUUAGUGUGGGUAUUAGCGUGGGCAGGUGAGGAGAGUUGUUAUUAGUGUGGGUAUUAGCGUGGGCAGGUGAGGAGAGUUGUUAUUAGUGUGGGUAUUAGCGUGGGCAGGUGAGGAGAGUUGUUAUUAGUGUGGGUAUUAGCGUGGGCAGGUGAGGAGAGUUGUUAUUAGUGUGGGUAUUAGCGUGGGCAGGUGAGGAGAGUUGUUAUUAGUGUGGGUAUUAGCGUGGGCAGGUGAGGAGAGUUGUUAUUAGUGUGGGUAUUAGCGUGGGCAGGUGAGGAGAGUUGUUAUUAGUGUGGGUAUUAGCGUGGGCAGGUGAGGAGAGUUGUUAUUAGUGUGGGUAUUAGCGUGGGCAGGUGAGGAGAGGUGCUUCAGGGUCUUCAGUGAUUUUGCAGCAGGCAUUUGUUUGACUGGGCUGACACCGUCUAACCUACAAAACCACAAUACAGACAUUCUUGUGAUUUGGUCCUCUUCCAGUUCUGAAGUAGACACUCGUUGCCUGUUGCCUUUAAACUCUCCUUAUUUUCUUGAAGAGGUUGGGCUAAGAAAAUGAAUAAAUCCUUAUCAUCGCCUCUUCUUUGGGGAUAUCUGAUCCAUUUAUUUCCUGUCCAUUCUCCAGGUGAUUCCAUUCCAGAGUUCUACAAAACUAAUCUGCUGGCUGACUUUCUGCAAAGUCACAUAUUUCAUUGUGCUAUAGAAUGAAUGGACAUUGUAAUGCAAAGAGAGUAUAAAAUACAAUGACUUCAUAAUGAAGUGACAACAUAAUGCAAUGAUUUCAUAAUGCAGUGACAUCAUAAUACAAUUACUUCAUAAUGCAGUGACAGCAUAAUGCAAUUACAUCAUAAUGCAGUGACAGCAUGCAGUGACAGCAUAAUGCAAUGACUUCAUAAUGCAGUGACUUCUUAAUGCAGUGAUGUCAAAUUGAAGUGACAACUGAUGAAAUGGUUCAUUCCUAAUGUCGGUGUUCACUUCCCUGAAGGCUCCUCAUGGCUGUGUCCCGUCAAUCACUGAUUUGUGUCUAAUAUUUCUUCAAGGUCAAUUACAUUUAUUUCCUUUGUGACUUGGAUGUUGUUGUGUGUCUAAGUGUUUAGUAGGUAGAAUAAAAAAAAAAAAAAGCAGUGCCAUACCAACUCCUGUGGUUGGAGAACAUCUGUAUUUACAAGAUAUCAUGUAAGAACCCAUUUCCUCCAUAAAUGAAUAUUUUCAUUGAUGACCAUGUAUCAUGGAUCUUUUCAUUUUGUUUAAAUUUUAUAGGUAAACAGUUGGUCUUUUUUUAAAGUUUGUCAGUGUACCCACGUAGUUGUCCCUAAGUUAUUGUCGUUCAAGUUUGGACGUACAUUAAGACUUAAGACAGUACUGGGUUGACAUUUCAUCUGUCUGAUCAUGCAGUGCCCUCUGCUGGCAUUGCAUUUUAUUUAAACGUUGUUUUAUAUAAUUUAUGAAUUCCACAAUGGUCUCAUUACUUUACAAUCCUCCCCAUCUUUUUUCUUCAUAUCUUUUAGUGGCACCAACUCAUCUCACCAGGUACAUUGAAACACUCUUCCAACAGGCAAAUCUGUUUACAUUUUUUUGAAACAAGGGUCUUCUUGUCAACUGUCAACCUGAGUCAAUGAAUGCAAUCCCACCCUUCCAUGAUCUGACACCCCUGGUUUUUGGCAGCCUUUUGUGUUUCCACCUCAGGGGCCUAGCCCCCCCCCCCCCCCCCC